UGAGGGGAGAGCGGCUAGGGGGGAGUUUCCGUUUCACACCCUGGAUAUCUUUUGGGUUUGCUUUUGUGUGUGGGGAUGCGUGUUUGUGUGUAUGUGUGUGUGUGUUUUCUUGUGUAUGACUCAGCUCAAACUAGGUCUAUUGUAACACAGGGCUGCAGAUGGAGAUAGGAGAAAUGCCUGUUAGAAAGAAACAGUAAAGAGGAAGUGAGCACUGGGAGGGACAGUAUGGCGACACAGCUGAGGAUCUGAGAUACAGGUCUGGGCUUUGACCAAGAGAACGGGUGCUGUGUGCUCCACAUGCAUUGUAGUGGAAAUACACUGUCAGUUUUGGGGAAACGGGGACCUUCAGUUUCCUGAGACGCACCACUGCGAGGAGGAAACGGAGCAGAAUAUAGCCCAGAGAGGAGGCAGACAAGGCGUGAAGGACUGCCCUGGAUGACUGCUGUCACCAAGAUAGGGAGCGGUGACGUGAGAGCCAUGAGGGAGGAGAGCGAGGGGGAUUUGCUGCACCUACACAUCAUCCCCGAACACUGUCUUCACUAACACCUCCAUCCCCAUUCCUGCUCCGUAAGUUUCCUCAGGGGGUGACCCCUGAUAUGACCCCCAGCACCUGUGGAAUUAGGCAGUCCAACCCAUGCCCCAGCUCCAGGCUCUGUGUGGGCAUCCCACCAUGUCCUGGUAGAGCUCUGUGCCAACGCCAGUCCCAAAUCCUGGGAUGAACCCACAGAGGACCAACGCACAGCCUCUAGAUCACGAGGAGAAUGAAAUAUUCCUGAGUCAUUCCUGCUCUGUGGUUCUCGUUUCCCUCUGUUUGCUCUGAGUGGAAGGUGUCUCUCUUGAUUCCCAUCAAGCCCCUGCAGCUUUGAAGAUUCAAACGUAAUCCUAUUCCUGCUCUGACAUCCAUCCCUCUCUUCGUUACUCUCUUAUCUCUGUUCCUUUUGAUCUUCCAGAUUAUUUUAGUUUGACCCCGGACGCGCCCCCUUUUGCCACCCGGCACGUUCUCCUCUGUGAUCACCACGUUUUCCUCGGUGUUCACCGCGUGGCAGACGACCAUGGGUUGCCGGCAGAGUUCGGAGGAGAAGGAGGCGGCGCGGCGCUCCCGGCGGAUCGACCGCCACCUGCGCUCGGAGAGCCAGCGGCAGCGGCGUGAGAUCAAGCUCCUUCUGCUGGGCACCAGCAACUCUGGCAAGAGCACCAUCGUCAAGCAGAUGAAGAUCAUCCACAGUGGAGGCUUCAAUCUGGACGCCUGCAAGGAGUACAAGCCCCUCAUCCUUUACAACGCCAUCGACUCGCUCACACGCAUCAUCCGUGCCCUGGCCACGCUCAAGAUCGACUUCCACAACCCCGACCGCGCCUAUGACGCCGUGCAGCUCUUCGCCCUAACCGGGCCGGCCGAGAGCAAAGGGGAGAUCACAGAGGAGCUGCAGGGGGUCAUGAAGCGCCUGUGGGCCGACUCAGGCGUGCAGGAGUGCUUCUGCCGCUCCAACGAGUACCACCUGGAGGAUAACACUGCCUACUAUCUGAACGACCUGGACCGCAUCUCCUCCAACGAGUUCAUCCCCACCGUGGAGGACAUCCUGUGCUCCCGCGACAUGACCACGGGCAUCGUGGAGAACAAGUUCACCUUCAAGGAGCUCACCUUCAAGAUGGUGGACGUGGGGGGGCAGCGCUCGGAGAGGAAGAAGUGGAUCCAUUGCUUUGAGGGCGUGACCGCCAUCAUUUUCUGUGUGGAGCUAAGUGGCUAUGACCUCAAGCUAUACGAGGACAACCAGACGAGUCGUAUGGCAGAGAGCCUGCGUCUGUUUGACUCCAUCUGUAACAACAACUGGUUCACCAACACCUCACUCAUCCUCUUCCUCAACAAGAAGGACCUGUUGGCCGAGAAGAUCAAGCGCAUCCCUCUGACUGUGUGCUUCGCCGACUACAGAGGUCAGAACACCUACGAGGAAGCGGCCGUCUACGUGCAGCGGCAGUUCGAGGACCUCAACCGCAACAAGGAGACCAAGGAGAUUUACUCGCACUUCACCUGCGCCACAGACACCAGCAACAUCCAGUUUGUGUUCGACGCCGUCACGGACGUGAUCAUCCAGAACAAUCUCAAGUACAUUGGGCUGUGCUAGGACUGGGGAUAGGGUGGGGAGGGGAGAGAGGGCUGCAUGGCAGCAGUAUAUCCAUUCGCUACCAGGCCCGUUACACACAGAGCCUGUCUGUCAGUCUCUUUGAGGAAGUGUAGGAAAGAGAGAACCUGCAAGGUGGAGCAAGGGGGUUGGGAUUGUCAGGGACGGCUAUAGGAUCAACUGAUCUGCUUGACAUAUUAGAGUUGAGGGUCAAAGGUCAAGAUGGGAUUUACCCAAGGUCAGCAUAAAUGUGUUUGCACUGAAUAUAUGAGUAUGUAGAGACACACACACACACACACACACACACACACACACACACACACACACACACACACACACACACACACACACACACACACACACACACACACACACACACACACACACACAUGCUUAUGUUUGCUCACAGACAAGGACUUGGGAUCAACUGUCAAGCACUUGUUUGGCGUGGAAACAAUGGAAACUGAAGACAACCCCUACCCUCUGCCUGCCAAACCUGGUAUUGAGCAGGAAUUCUUGACUGGCAGUUUCAGAGUUACGUUUGUCAUUUUAGGUUGUUUGAUUUGCCUCAGUCAAUUAAUGCUGCUUUGCGAAAAUCAAUAAAUUCCUGUGGAUUUUCCCCUAAAAAGCUGGACAGCGGGUUUACCUGGCAAGGUAUAGGGAGAUGGUGAGUCACAGGUGUCCUGGGAAAAUAGUUGGAGGACAUGACUUAUGUCACAGGGUUUCUAUCCAAAUGAGAAAACUGCCACAGUUGAAAGCUGAAGUAAAGGGUAUUUUCUACACACACUGUAUCUCAUUUCUUGAGGGCUAAAUGGCUCUUCAAGGUUAUCUGUUGUCCCUCUUCAUUUUUUUUUUCUUUUUAAAUGUACGUUUGUCAAACCUGCCCCUUAGGGCAGGUCUCUGACCUGCCAGGAGAGUGUUACACUCCAUAGAGUGGAUGGUGUUCUCUAAGAUCAUUCCAGUUUCCAGCAACAAAGACAUCAAAAACAGUGCCAAUUUUAGUGUAAAUAAAAACAGAUCCCAUCAAUAAAUGUUGGUUUUAUUGACAGAAACAUUAAAACAUGCAUGAUUUUGUUAAUUGGGAUAUUGAUCAUUUUUUAUUUUGGAUUUGUUUUCUGUUAUUUUAGGUUAAACUAAUAUAUUCCCUAAAAUAUAUAUACAAGUCAAACACUGUGUACGAUUGUACAGCUGUUGUCUAAGAGGAAUUUAUUGAAAAGAGUACUAUAAAUUGAGAUUAUGAUGAAGAUGGUGACGAUGAUGACGCCAAUGACAAGCUCAUUACAAACCCAGCAUGAGAUGAUAGAGUGGGUCAGGGGGGGUUAAAGGGAAAAAAGUUUGAAGACUGCAAAAAAUAUGAAUGCGAAAAAACAAACGCUUCAGUUUAAUCCUCCUUGCGCUAUCUACAUGGUAAUUGUUAUACAGUGGGUAUGAUGUGUAAAUAUACUGUAAGGUUCACUCUGUUAAAACAAUAAAUAAAAGGUUGAGCUGGAAUACUGUAAGUGAGAGAGAGAAUGUGAGAGUGAGAGAAAGAGAGAAUGUGUGUGAGAGAGAGAGAGAAUGUGUGUGAGAGAGAGAGAAAGCCCUGCUCUACUUCUCUCCUCCAACCCUCACCUUUUCAGCUAAGAGGAAACAACUCAGCUAAGGGCUUCAGGCUUGACUUUACAGGAUGUUCACUUCAACAAAAAACAACCAAUUUAGCCAAACAAUAAAAAUAAUAAAUAAAAUGAAUUAUGCAAA